AUGGCGACAGGCCCGGGGAGGUGACGGAGCCCGGGAGGCGGCCGGCGGCAGCGCGGAGCCCGGCGCGGCGCGGCACGGCCGAGGACUCCAGCGAGAGCCGCGAGGACGAGCCCAUGAAUGACGGGCAGGAUUUGGAUGGAUGGUUUUCCAGAGGCCAACGGUCCGACCGAGCCACCACACGCCCCAAACUCAACCUGACCAGGCAGGCUCUGCCCUGGAACGAGCAGUACAAAGGGAAGGCAAACUUGCACGUCUUUGAAGACUGGUGUGGAGGGGCCGUGAGGCACCUGAGGAAGAACCUCCAUUUCCCACUCUUCCCCCACACCCGCACCACGGUGAAGAAGUUGGCUGUGUCACCCAAGUGGAAGAACUACGGGCUGAGGAUUUUUGGCUACAUCCACCCCUUCAAGGAUGGGGAUUUCCAGUUCUCGGUGGCAUCUGAUGACAACUCAGAGUUCUGGCUCAGCUCGGACGACAGCCCCUCCAACUGCCGCCUGGCCGCCUCCGUGGGCAAGCUGGGCACUGAGUGGACAGCACCAGGAGAGUUCACCAAAUUCAGCUCCCAGGUCUCCAGGCCCCUUCGCCUCAUGUCCUCCAGGCGCUACUACUUCGAGCUGCUCCACAAGCAGGACGACCGAGGUUCGGACCACGUGGAAGUUGGGUGGCGAGUUUUCCUCCCCAGCCUGAAGUUCGAAGUGAUUGACUCCUCCUACAUCUCCUUGUACACAGAUGAAUCCUCCCUGAAGAUGAACCACGUGGAGCACAUCCCGCAGACCCUGGCCAGCCACAGCGGGAGCUACCUCUGGGAGGCCCAGCAGGAUGAGCACGGGGCUGACAUGCUCAAGCCUGACCCCAGGGACACCUUCUUCCUCACCCCUGCGAUCGAGGCCUCCCGAGUGGAGAACGUGCUGGUGCCCUGUGCCUACAGCCCCACCUACGUGGUGAAGGACUUCCCCAUCGCCCGCUACCAGGGCCUCCAGUUUGUCUACCUCUCGUUCGUGUACCCCAACGACUUCACGCGCCUCACUCACAUGGAGACGGAGAACAAGUGCUUCUACAGGGAGUCCCCCCUCUACCUGGAGAAGUUUGGCUUCUACAAGUACAUGAAGAUGGAUGAAGAGGAGGAGGACCCGCGCCAGCGAGCGUUUCUCUUCCUCAGCCCAGACAAUUUCCUCGAGGAUGAGGAAGAGGAAGGAGUGGACAGCCCUGAGCCCACAGACCCACCUCCCCGAGCCAAGGGGAAGAGCUUUGGGCCGUUGCCCGGAGCCAAAGGGAAAGAGACGGCGCCGGUCACGGGGGAUUACGGAGACCUGGACUAUUACAGCUUCCGCCGCACGCGGGGCCGGGCCGGGGCGGGCGCAGCUGGGCAGCCGGGCAGGGCCAUCGCGUCCCCCCGGGCUGGCCCCAGCCCCAGCCCUUCCGCCCUCCUGCGGGACGCCCCGGUGCCGGGGCAGGGCGGCGGGCGCGCGCUCAGCUGGGUACCGCUGGACCCGGGCGAGGCCGAGGAGGAGGAGCUGCGCCUGCUGGCGUCCUCGAAGCACGACGGGGCCCUGAGCCGCCAGCCGCACCUCUCCGUGCCCAUCUUCGGUGGCAAGGCCAGGGCGCCGGGCCCCAGCCGGCCCGCAGCAGCCGGGGAGAAGCCCCGGAAGGCCCAGGAGAAGGUGUACGUGACCAGGCUGCAGCCGGGCAAGCGCAGAGCUCGGGCCCAGGAGCCGGCCUUCCCUGGCAUCUUCCUUUACCCGAAGCCUCUGAAGAAAGUCCACCUUGGCUCCAGGACCCCCCAGAAGCGUCCCGGCGCCUCCAGCAAGCUCCGUGCCGGCCCUGGCCGCUGGGCCCCCUGGCUCCUGGGCGACGUCCCCAAGGAGAGGGAGGCUGCCGGGCGGAGGGGCGGCAGGAGGUGGGAGCGGCCGCCCAAGCCUGGCCUCCUCGCCCUGGGGACCGACGGGCUCUUCAGCAGGGAGACCCACGAGGACCCGACCCCUGCCCCAGGCGGGACAGCGGCCACGGCCAAUUACAGCUCCUCUGACGCCGCCCGCUCGGAGGCCACGCGGGUCACCUCCUUUCUGAGGAUGUCCGAGACGACGGCGUCCCAGCAGGAGGAGGGAAAGGGCCGGGAGGAAGAGGAGGAGGAGGAGGAAGGGGAGAUGUCAGACUACAGCUACGAGGCCGGGGAGCUGCAGCAGAGCUGGCUGGAGGAUUCCAUCAACUGGCAGAGGACGUUCAGCGUCAGCUCGGUGGACUUCGAGCUGCUGCGCUCCGACUGGAACGACCUGCGCUGCAACGUGUCGGGCAACCUGCAGCUGAGCGAGAGCGAGGUGGUCGACGUGGUGGCGCAGUACAUGGAGAAGCUCAACGAGAAGAACGGAGGCAUCUACACCCUGCUGAGGAUCGUCAACGUGGAGAAGCGCCGGGACACGGCGCGGGGGAACCGCUACCUGCUGGAGCUGGAGCUGGCGGAGCGCGGCCAGCGCACCGUGCGCCUCUCCGAGUACGUCUACGUGCUCUUGCACCAGGGCAAGCGGGACGACAGCGCCGAGGGGCUGGCCCUGGCGGCCACCGAGCCCCAGCCCAGCGCCUGGAGCGUCCUCGCUGGCAAGCCCGUGCUGUGCCGGCCGCUGCGGCUCAGCUGGAAGCAGGACGUCAUGGUGCACUUCGUGGUACCCGUGAAGAACCAAGCCCGCUGGGUCCAGCAGUUCAUCUCGGACAUGGCUCACCUGUACGAGGCCACGAGGGACGCCAACUUCAACGUCAUCCUCGUGGACUUCGACAGCGACGACAUGGACGUGGAGAGGGCGCUGCGGGACGCCCGGCUGCCCCGGUUCCAGUACCUGCGGCGCACGGGCAACUUCGAGCGCUCGGCGGGGCUGCAGGCCGGCGUGGACGCGGUCGAGGACGGGCACAGCAUCGUGUUCCUCUGCGACCUGCACAUCCACUUCCCCGCCAACAUCCUGGACAGCAUCCGCAAGCACUGCGUGGAGGGGCAGCUGGCCUACGCGCCCAUCGUCAUGCGCCUCGGCUGCGGCAGCUCCCCGCGGGAGCCCGACGGCUACUGGGAGGUGAACGGCUUCGGCCUCUUCGGCAUCUACAAGUCGGACUUUGAGCGCGUGGGAGGGAUGAACACGGAGGAGUUCAGAGACCGCUGGGGCGGGGAGGACUGGGAGCUCCUGGACAGGGUGCUGCAGAGCGGGCUGGAGGUGGAGCGCUUGCGCCUCAGGAACUUCUACCAUUACUACCACUCCAAGCGUGGCAUGUGGAAUGCCCGCAGCAAGAAGCCCCCCAAGGCCUAGCACCCCGAGCCCAGCCUGAAGCCGCUGCCACCCCGGUGCCCGCUCAGCCCUGGCUCUGCCGCCGGCACACGGCACCCACCAACCCCCCGCGGUCAGUGUGGGGAGGGGCCGCAGCGGGGUCCUGGGGCUGUUCUCAAGGGUCUCAUUUAGCCAGGGAUGAAUUGAUUAACUCGUUAGUGCCAGGCUGGGGAGUCCUGCUGCCGGGAGGGGGGAAGGCUGUGGGCACACCCUGCAGCCGGCGGGUGCCCCGAAACGCACCCGGCGCCUCGUCCCGGUGCCAGGCUGCAGAGCCGAGCUGCUGCGGGGGGCUGCAGGGCUCAACCCCACGCCCCUGCUCCCCUCCCCAGGCUGGCGGGGCUGCUGCGGGCUCAGCCGUGCCUGUGCCACUGGGCUGGGACAGGGCAGAGCCCCGGGGCAGGCGCGGGAGCAGGGGGAGAGCAAACGCCGUUUCCAAGCUGAUUUCUGUGAAAUUACGAGGUAGGAAGCUGUUCUCAGAGAGUUUUGUCCGUUUUGGGUGUUUUUUUUAUUCUUAAGAAAUAAAAUCACUGUC